GGGGAAACGCCCUCGCGAGCGGUUUGUCCCCUACGCUGAGCCGUAGAAGGAAGACCCAGCGAGAGGUACAAACCCGGGAGUGGGGCGUAAAAAAAAAAAGCUUCCUUCUCUUUAGAAGCAGCAUUACUCCUGUCAAACCAAGGUCAAGGGCUCCAGGGCCUGUGGCUUCCUGGCAUGGAGUCAACUCUGGGAGUGGGCAUCGUGGUGGCCGAAACUCUACAGAGACAGCUGCCCUGGCUGGAAGACGUCUGGCUCUGGGUCACCUUCUUGGGUGACCCCAAAUGCAUCUUUUUUUUCUACUUCCCCUUGGCCUACUAUGCCUGUCGCCAUGUGGGCAUUUCUGUGUUCUGGAUUGCCUUGCUCUCGGAGUGGCUCAACCUCAUCUCUAAGUGGUUCCUUUUUGGAGAGCGACCCUUUUGGUGGGUUCAUGAAUCUGGAUACUAUAAUGAAGCACCCGCCCAAGUUCAUCAGUUCCCUGUCUCCUGUGAAACUGGGCCAGGUAGUCCCUCCGGUCACUGCAUGAUCACAGGAGCUGCUCUCUGGCCCAUCAUGAUUGCCACCUCAAGCCAGAUUGCGAAACGAAGUCACAGCCACUGGAUGAAGUUGAUGCCCAGCCUGGCUUACAGCACAUUCCUCUUGGCAGUUGGACUCUCCCGAAUCUUCAUCCUUGCACAUUUCCCCCACCAGGUGCUGGGUGGCCUAAUAGCUGGUGCUCUCCUGGGAUGGCUGAUGACUCCACAUGUGCCUAUUGAUCGGCCAGUCAGCUUUUAUGGGUUGACUGCACUGGCGCUCCUGCUGGGUGCCAGCCUUAUUUACUGGAGCCUCAUCUCUCUGGGAAUAGACCUGACUUGGUCCGUUCACUUGGCUUCCAAGUGGUGUGAGCGUCCAGAGUGGGUGCACAUAGAAACUCGGCCUUUUGCUGGCCUGAGUCGGGAUGCUGGAGCUGCCCUGGGCCUGGGCAUUGCCUUACACUCACCCUGCUAUGCUCAAGUUAGGCGGGCACGGUUGGGGAUUCUGCAGCAAGCUGCUUGCCUGUUGUUGGUCCUAGGGCUUUUGGGGCUCCUUAACUGUCUGGGCAACCCACCCCAGCUCAGCCUCUUCUACGUCUUUAACUUUCUCAAGUUUACCCUUUGGCCCUGCCUGGUCACUGCCCUGGUGCCUUGGCUGGUCCUCUCCCUCAGUGUCCAGGAGGCCCCACCUGCCAAAUCCAAGUGACCUCACCUUCCCUUUGUCCAACCAACACUCCAGAUGACUUCUACCUCCCGCCAAGGAGGCCUCACUUAUCACUGCAAGAGACCUCUCCUGUUCAGUGCCCUCUCACCUCUACCCCCAACUGCCAUUGUGACUGCUGCUUGCUGCUGCCUAAGAUGAAGGCUUCCUUCCAUUUGACUCCUCUGGAGACUCUUCUGUGCCCCCAACAUGCCUGUCCCACCCCUGAUCACUUGAACUUUAGCCUCAGAGAAGGAGGGUAUGUCUACCUGGAAGGGGACUGGCCCUGUCAACCUUUCCCUUUCCCCACUUUGUUGAAACCCUACCUUUCCCCCCUAUCCCAAAACUUUGUAUUUUUUAAAAGCACUGGAAAUAAAAGGUACAAAAGAACUUCCA